GCCGCCUGGGACCCGCAGGAGCCGCUCCUCCCGCGCCGCCUCGCCCCGCGCCGCGCUCGGCCCCCUCCUCCGUCCCUCCUCCCUCUCCCCGCGGUUUGGCAUCCCGAGGGCCGGUAAGCCUCCUCCAGCGCUGACAGCCGGCGGGCGGCGGAGGGAGGCCCGAGCGCGGAUGCUCGCCGGUGGGCCGGGCCUGCCGGCUGCGUGGGAGGCCGGCUGCAUUAUUUCCCGCUAGGGCCGCGCUCCGGGGGAGGAAGGGGCCGGGCACGGGCCUCUCAGCCCCGAACGGCGCGCGCGGACCCGGGCGCGGGCGAGGCGGUGGCGCGGCACCCCAGGCCUGGGACCGCGCGCGUGGGCGGGGGCCGGCGCGACUCCCCCGGGGGGCUCUCCCACGCUCCGCGCCCCGCCCCAUCCUUCCUUCCGCCCCUUAGAGCUCCUGGGAGCGCUCCGCGGACGCCGGAGCUUUGUGUGCGCCCGCGGGCCCGGCGCGAGCCUCCGGCGGCCCAACUUUGCCUCUCCCGACCGGCUCCCUAGCGGGACUUGUGAGGCGUGGCCGGGUGGAGGAGGCGCUUGCGGGGGCGUGGGGCUCCCCGGCUGGCGGGAGGCACCGAGUGAGCCGCGCUGGACAAUGAGCUGGGUGGCUCGGCGCUGCGGCCACUUUUAGCUGAGGGCGCGGGAGGGCCGGCGCCUCCACAGCUCCUCGGCUCCACCUGCGCAGAGAGGGCGGGAUGCCAGAGCCAGGUGUUCCGGCGCGUUAAGGGCCCUGCGGUCAGAGGUCCCUGCCCGGGCGCUCGCACCCUUAGUCGGCCUGGAACGUCUCUUUGCGGGGAGCCCUCGGAGCAGCCGCGAUGGCCAGCACCAGGAGUAUCGAGCUGGAGCACUUUGAGGAACGGGACAAAAGGCCGCGGCCGGGGUCGCGGAGAGGGGCCCCCAGCUCCUCUGGGGGCAGCAGUAGCUCGGGCCCCAAGGGGAACGGGCUCAUCCCCAGCCCGGCUCACAGUGCCCACUGCAGCUUCUACCGCACGCGGACCCUGCAGGCCCUCAGCUCGGAGAAGAAGGCCAAGAAGGCGCGCUUCUACCGAAACGGGGACCGCUACUUCAAGGGCUUGGUGUUUGCCAUCUCCAGCGACCGCUUCCGGUCCUUCGAUGCGCUUCUCAUAGAGCUCACCCGUUCCUUGUCGGACAACGUGAACCUGCCCCAAGGCGUCCGCACUAUCUACACCAUUGACGGCAGCCGGAAGGUCACCAGCCUGGACGAGCUGCUGGAAGGUGAGAGUUACGUGUGUGCAUCCAAUGAACCAUUUCGUAAAGUUGAUUACACCAAAAAUAUUAAUCCGAACUGGUCUGUGAACAUCAAGGGUGGGACAUCCCGAACCCUGGCUGCUGCCUCCUCUGUGAAAAGUGAAGUCAAAGAAAGUAAAGAUUUCAUCAAACCCAAAUUAGUGACUGUGAUUCGAAGUGGAGUGAAGCCUAGAAAAGCUGUGCGGAUUCUUCUGAAUAAAAAGACUGCUCAUUCCUUUGAACAAGUCUUAACAGAUAUCACCGAAGCCAUUAAACUAGACUCAGGAGUUGUCAAGAGGCUCUGCACCCUGGAUGGAAAGCAGGUUACUUGUCUGCAAGACUUUUUUGGUGAUGACGAUGUUUUUAUUGCAUGUGGACCAGAAAAAUUCCGUUAUGCCCAAGAUGACUUUGUCCUGGAUCAUAGUGAAUGCCGUGUCCUGAAGUCAUCUUAUUCUCGAUCUUCAGCUGUUAAAUAUUCUGGAUCCAAAAGCCCUGGGCCCUCUCGACGCAGCAAAUCACCAGCUUCAGUAAAGCGGGGUGGCCACUACUCCAGUGCCUAUUCUACAGCCAAAUCCCCAGUUAAUGGAACUCCCAGCAGCCAACUUUCUACUCCUAAAUCUACAAAAUCCUCCAGUUCCUCUCCAACUAGUCCAAGAAGUUUCAGAGGAUUAAAGCAGAUUUCUGCGCAUGGCAGAUCUUCUUCUAAUGCAAACGGUGGACCUGAACUUGACCGUUGCAUAAGUCCUGAAGGUGUCAAUGGAAACAGAUGCUCUGAAUCAUCAACUCUUCUUGAGAAAUACAAAAUUGGAAAGGUCAUUGGUGACGGCAAUUUUGCAGUAGUCAAAGAGUGUAUAGACAGGUCCACUGGAAAGGAGUUUGCCCUAAAGAUUAUAGACAAAGCCAAAUGUUGUGGAAAGGAACACCUGAUUGAGAAUGAAGUGUCAAUACUACGCCAAGUGAAACAUCCCAAUAUCAUUAUGCUGGUCGAGGAGAUGGAAACAGCAACUGAGCUCUUUCUGGUGAUGGAAUUGGUCAAAGGUGGAGAUCUCUUUGAUGCAAUUACUUCAUCAACUAAGUACACGGAGAGAGAUGGCAGCGCCAUGGUGUACAACUUAGCCAACGCCCUCAGGUAUCUCCAUGGCCUCAGCAUUGUUCACAGAGACAUCAAACCAGAGAAUCUCUUGGUGUGUGAAUAUCCCGAUGGAACCAAGUCUUUGAAACUGGGAGACUUUGGGCUUGCUACUGUGGUAGAAGGCCCUUUAUACACAGUCUGUGGCACACCCACGUAUGUGGCUCCAGAAAUCAUUGCUGAAACUGGCUAUGGCCUGAAAGUGGACAUUUGGGCAGCCGGCGUGAUUACAUACAUACUCCUCUGUGGAUUCCCACCGUUCCGAAGUGAGAACAAUCUCCAGGAAGACCUCUUUGACCAGAUCUUGGCUGGGAAGCUGGAGUUUCCGGCUCCUUACUGGGAUAACAUCACGGACUCUGCCAAGGAAUUAAUCAGUCAAAUGCUUCAGGUAAAUGUUGAAGCUCGGUGUACCGCAGGACAAAUCCUGAGUCACCCCUGGGUGUCAGAUGAUGCCUCCCAGGAGAAUAACAUGCAAGCGGAGGUAACAGGUAAACUAAAGCAGCACUUUAAUAACGCGCUCCCCAAACAGAACAGCACCACCACGGGGGUCUCCGUCAUCAUGAACACAGCUCUAGAUAAGGAGGGGCAGAUUUUCUGCAGCAAGCACUGUCAAGACGGCGGCAGGCCUGGGAUGGAGCCCACCUCUCUAGUUCCUCCCUCAGUGGAGGAGACCCCUGUACCUGGGGAAGCAGCCCUGGCCCCCGCCCCUCCGGAAUCUCCCACCCCACACUGUCCUCCUGCUGCCACGGGCGGUGAGCGGGCCGGGACCUGGCGCCGUCACCGAGACUGAGCCUCCUGCAGGUGGGCGAAGCCACCCACUGCCGCCCAGGAAGCCAGCCCUCUGCUCGGCCUUGCUGGCCUCCCUGCUGCAGGCCUCCCUGCCCUCACCACCUAUGCCUGAGUUUGCCCAUCCUCUGCAGGCCACCUGGGAACCAGAGCCUGGCAUCCUGGAGCUUGGCCUGGUGCUCUGGGCUCUGCCUUCUGGUUCCUGGAGGCAUCGAAGGCUGUGUCUGCUCUGCCUACAGCUGUUCGGAGAGACUCAUUCCAGAUCAUCCACAGUCAUUUUCAGGUCAUUGGACAUUUUACAGCUUCACCAGGAGAAUGUGCAACUUUUAUCCAGCAUUCGAUGCAUUUUUAUAGAAACACUUUGGAUGAACCAAGACCUCUUCUUUAUUUAAGUAGACUCAGAACGUUCCCUUUCUUUUCUUUUUUUUUUUAAACGAAAGACUUGGAAUUGCAUUUGUCCCUUUAUGGGUGCCCUGUGAGAGGUGAUAUGGGGGCUAAGGAGACUGACUUUCUAAUAGAAGUGAGCACCUGAGAGGACGAUUUGGUCAUUGGACACGGAUUGCAGGCUUUGAGAAGCGCUCGGAUGCCCGAUGCAGUAGCCCAGCCAUUCAGCUUGGGGCACUGGGCUCAGCAGAGACAGUGCUGGGUAUUCAUUGGUGCACAGACCGUGGGAGAAGCUACUUCUUCCCUGGGCAUUAUGGGUUUCCCCUGGCUCUUCCCACACAUGUGUUAGGAAACCUGCCCUCUGAACCUGCCCUCUGGGUAUGUUUAGUGAGAGGCUUGGCGCAUUCGGCACACAGCCAUUUCUUCUCCGCAAGCCAGUGACUUGCAGAGCAGAACGAGCUCAAUCCUCAGCGCUGGCGCCUGCUUCCUCAUCUGCAUUUCAUCUGGAGCAGGGCAGGCAACCACCUGAGGAGGCGUGCCCGAGGCGGCCCGGACUGGGCGGGAAGGUGCUCCCGGACAUACUCUGUGAAUCUUCUGGAAGGCUGCUGGCAGUUUUUCCUUUUUGUCCACCACCCUGCUCUUUUUAAUAAUUGUACAUAAUCCGUGUAUUUGUUUUAUCCGCUCAUCUUCUAAACUGGUGGGCCCUAUAGUUCGUUCUCAUUGUUAGAUUUUGCCUUUUACAAGUGUACCCAACCUGCAAUAAACUUUUCCCUCUUGAGAAAAAGCAA